GAGGGGCGGAGAGGACAGUGACAAGUCCAGCUAGCCAUAAGGAGCUCUUUUUCUCUAAACACGAUGAGUUUAGAUUAAACCGCCGCCAAAAUUGAACUCCAGAAUGUACUGAUUGGAAAACUUUGCGGGGAAAUGUCAAGUAGUAGCUGUACUAGCGAUGUAAGCUAGCCAACGUGACCGAGCUGACAGCGAAGAGGCGCUAGCAGGUUAGCUAGUACACCUGUGUUGCUCUGUGUUCACGGCACAAUCAUGAGCGAAGAUGACAAUUCAGCGCCGGCAAGUAAAGACAAAGACUCUACCCUUUUGCUCACCAAAGACGGACAGAGAUACUAUGUGAACAAGAGCGGCGUAGUCGACAGCAGAAAUGUGAUCACACCUCAGGAGACGGAAAGCAACGCCUUCUCGUACGACAUGGACGAUCCGGACGAGGAGAGCGACGUGCUGGACACCUCAGACCCCAGGGACAGCGCCGCCAGUCCCGAGGAGCUCAACGACGAGGACGUGUCCGAGGGCGACAACGCUCCCAAACAGUGCACCUACGAGGGCUGCACGGAGACCACAACCCAGGUGGCCAAGCAGAGAAAACCGUGGAUGUGCAAGAAACACCGCAACAAGAUGUACAAAGACAAGUACAAGAAGAAGAAGAGCGACCAGGCCAUGUCCAGUGGGAAACUUGAUGAGAACUCAGAGGAGCGGCCCGUGUCUGUGAACAAGCAGCGUCUUGGUACCAUGGGCGACCGACCAGCCAGACCCUCCCUGAUCGAGCAGGUGCUCAACCAGAAGAGACUGUCAUUGCUCCGGAGCCCUGAGGUCAUCAGCUUCCUCCAGCAGCAGCAGCAUCUGUUGGCCGCACAGAGCCGCAGCCAAUCCCAGCAGGAGUUCCAAGGCUGCUAACACCAGCCAGUCAGCCGUUCACCUCGGUGCUGGUCAUACACAAGGACUACUGAAGAAAUACUGAUAGACAGUUGACACUGAAAUGGUCACCUUACUCGGUCAGCAUAACUUUUACCAACUGCAGUGUUUCCCAUACAUAUACCAAUGUGUGGUGCAGCGCCACACAAUCAACACCAAGCGCCACAAAUUGAUUCCGCUUUUUUUUCCCCCAACACAAUUUUCAAAUAUAAAUAUUGUUCCGUUCAUUCAUCUCUGCAUAGUGCUCUUUCUCCCUGUCAUUCUCUUUCACACACACACACGUGCAGACAUGCCAGUGGUGCGCAGGUACACUUAUAAACGACCCGCACUCGCCCGACGUUUUCAACCAACCUGACCGCAACUCGGACCGAAGUAUUAAUUAAAAUAAUGUUUCCGACCCGCUUCUCGACCCACUUAUUUUAAAAGGAAUAGGCCAUGCUCUUGAUUAGGUUUAUCAUAGCCUUUUUGGCUUAUGUGAAACUGACAUCCCUGAGUCAUAUGCAUUUAAAACAAAGUAUUAUAAUUUUGAUGCAUAGAAGUUUAAUGUGAGGAACCUGCAUUAUUGCAUUAGCCUAUUUUAUCCUGCUUCAGAAUUCAUGCAAAAGUUAAUAAUAAUGGCCUAACAUUCACAAUAAAUAAGGAUUUCCCACUAGCCUACAUAAAAUGUUGUUUGAGCAGUUCCUCACGGGGAUGCCUAAUUGAUGCUAUCUCCCAAGCAUAAAAUCAGAAUAUUUUAAGAAACGUCUUUAUUCGCAGACACUCUUAACAUUCUGCAAAUUGAAACCAGGUUGUUCACCAGGUCAACAAAUAGCCUAUACUAUUUAUUUUAUUUUACCAGAAAAAAAGGUAGAUCAAAGAACAGGUUGAUAUUGGUUGAGGUAGCUCUUGAGUUCAGUAUUUGAAAUAAAAACCUCCAGCUUUAGUUGAUUUUUUUUUUUGCAAUUCAUUCCUUGAAUGUCACAGAAUCUAAAGAUUGCAAAAAAUAGGCAAAAAUUUAAGUAAAAACUACACUUUAACUUCAUUUUUGGAAAUUCUCAACGUGAAACUUAAAAGACAGGUCUUCCUUUAACAUGAAGUCCAGGUAUUUGUAUGAGCAAACUAAUUCUACUGGCCUGCCCUCUAAUGUAUGGAGUUGGGGCGAGGAAUGAAACCAGGCAGGGUUGAGGUAAAAAUGUUUUUAGUUGUCUUCUCUUAAAGAACUUACGUUAAAGAAUUAAGAUUGAGCUGAAUCAUUUCAAAUGCUUCUUGUAGCUUUAAAAUUGUCUCAGCAGAUGACUCUGAAGAACAAUAGACAGGUGCAAACAAGUGUAUAUUUAACCUAUAGCAGCUUCAGAAAGUGUGUGUUUGAAUGCCGCCCGCUGCACACACCCCGAUGACCAACUCCAGGGGGGCACCACAAAUUGCUACCUGGUCUGUGGGAAACACUGAACUGUGCAGCCACAUCGAAGGAAUUAUUAUGAAAAAAAAAACUGUGAAGAGCAUGGUGAGUCCUGUGUACUGUAUGGUGGAGUUAUCAAAGUACAAGUCUGAAGUAGGCCUGUAAAGGAGGCUGGCCGCCCAGUCAAGCUCCACCUGGCACUGUUUAGGAAGCAGAUGUCCCAAAAUAUCACUGAUGCAAACCAGCACUUACUUUGACUAAUAGUUGUUGUGAUUUUCCUUUUGAGUUAUGUUGUUUUACCCUAGUUUUAAUGUCAAAUCCCAGUUGGUCAGUGACUUUAUUUCAUUUUUUGUUACUGUGCCCAUUUUUUUAAUCUUACAACCUCAACCAUCAUGGUAAUACCUUCUAACUUACAUGGCCAGGAAGCUUAAUUGGGUCUACCUUUAUUUAAAGGGACUUGUGAAAUUUGUGGCAGUAAUAUCAAGCCAGUAGAUCAUUGCUGUCCAGACAAAAUCCAGCUGUUGAAGCCACAGAUUUGACUAGAAUAAUUCUGGUGGCCCCAUUUUUAUGCUCCUGCGAUCCAUGUUUGAGUGCCACUUUACCUUUAGAAAAGUUAAACAAUUCAGUGAAACAAUUCAGGAGUUUAAGUGUGAAGUUAAUUAUUUAUCUCAUCUGAGUUUUCAGUUUUUUCAAGAUGUUUUUACAUGACAAUGUAUAGUGUGAGUUUCCACAAUACAGGCAAACGAGUAUUUCCAGGGCUUAAGUGAAAAUGUUUUUAACAUGAGAUUUUAGACACAUUUAUUUGAAACUGUAGCACAGCCAGCAGACUGUACAAAAAUAAACAAAAUGUAGUUUGGCAUAAAUUUGGUGGGAUGAAUACAGGUGAUUAAGCCAUGGCUUGCUGUCCAUGUUUGGCUUUGUGUAGCAAAGUGGCAAACAGGUGCGACAGCAAGGUAGCCUAAUGAAGUGUAUCCUUACAUGAGCAAGGUGGUACGCUGAAAUAAGUGUUCUUGUGUUCUGAAUUUGUUUGUUGUGUAUAUCCUUUGGUUGUGAACUUGGAAUUAAAAUUAUUCUGAACAUG